UAUAGCAUAGCUUAGUUUGGUCACAAGAGAAAAACAAGUUAAGGAUCAUAUCCUCUCUUGUAACAUCACUUGGUGAUUAAUCAAAAUGAGUCAGGUUUUUAGUGAUGGAGCUGUGGCAAGAGCCAUAGAUACAGAGGAAAUAAAUAGCAAUCCAACUUCACGUAGACAUGGUGCUGAUGUUCUUCCACAUAUUCACAAAGUUGCAAGUCCUCCUAGGCAGACACUUUUCCAAGAUUUCAAACAUAAUUUCAAUGAAACUUUCUUCUCUGAUGACCCUUUUGCCAAGUUUAAGGACCAAAAGGGAUCAAGAAAGUUUGUUCUUGGAUUACAAUCUGUUUUUCCAAUUUUUGAUUGGGCAAGAGGUUAUAACCUUAAAAGUUUUAAGGGUGAUUUGAUUUCUGGACUCACCAUUGCUAGUCUUUGCAUUCCUCAGGAUAUUGCAUAUGCAAAGCUUGCACAUUUGGAGCCUCAAUAUGGACUUUAUACUAGUUUUGUUGCACCUCUUGUGUAUGCUUUCAUGGGAAGUUCAAGGGAUAUUGCCAUAGGACCAGUAGCUGUUGUGUCCCUCUUGCUUGGCACCUUGCUUUCAGAUGAGAUCAAAGACACCAAAAGUCCUGAAUACCUUCGUCUCGCAUUUACUGCAACUUUCUUUGCAGGAGUUACUCAAAUGGCACUUGGACUUUUAAGGCUUGGUUUCUUGAUUGAUUUCCUAUCUCAUGCUGCAAUUGUUGGAUUCAUGGGUGGAGCUGCCAUUACUAUUGCACUCCAACAACUUAAAGGUCUUCUUGGCAUAAAGAACUUCACUACCAAAACUGAUAUUAUUUCUGUCAUGAGAUCCGUUUUUAGUGUCGCACACCAUGGGUGGAAUUGGGAGACAAUAUUAAUUGGACUAUCAUUCUUGGCUUUCCUUCUUACAACCAAAUAUAUCGCUAAGAAGAAAAAGAACCUGUUUUGGGUGGCUGCAAUAUCUCCUAUGAUAUGUGUUAUAGUGUCUACUUUUUGUGUCUACAUUACAAGGGCAGACAAGAAAGGAGUAGCAAUUGUGAGACAUAUUAAAAAGGGUGUGAAUCCAGCAUCUGCUAGUGAAAUAUAUUUCAGUGGAAAUUAUUUUACUGCUGGUAUUAGGAUUGGUUUGAUUUCUGGUAUGGUAGCACUCACGGAAGCUGUGGCCAUUGCAAGAACAUUUGCUGCUAUGAAAGACUACUCAAUUGAUGGUAACAGAGAAAUGGUGGCACUAGGAACAAUGAAUGUUAUUGGUUCCAUGACAUCUUGUUAUGUUGCUACAGGAUCAUUUUCUCGCUCGGCUGUGAACUAUAUGGCUGGUUGUAAAACUGCUGUAUCAAACAUAGUUAUGUCCUUUGUGUUAUUGUUAACACUGUUAGUGAUUACACCACUAUUCAAGUACACUCCAAAUGCAGUGCUUGCCUCGAUUAUCAUAGCUGCUGUGUUGAACCUGAUUGACAUUAAAGCUGCUAUUCUUCUUUGGAAGAUUGACAAAUUUGAUUUCCUAGCUUGCAUGGGAGCCUUCUUUGGUGUCAUCUUCAAAAGUGUUGAGAUUGGUCUUCUAAUCGCGGUAGCAAUAUCUUUUACCAAAAUCCUUCUACAAGUGACCAGGCCUAAGACCGCAGUACUUGGGAAGCUUCCCGGUACAACGGUUUAUAGGAACGUCCUGCAAUAUCCCAAAGCAGCACAAAUUCCUGGCAUGCUGAUUGUCAGGGUUGAUUCUGCAAUCUACUUUUCAAAUUCCAACUACAUCAAGGACAGGUAUGUCUUUUCAAAAUUUGUACACACUCCUAGAUCAUGGUUGAAAUUGAGGCUGAUGAAUGAUUCAAACACAAUUUACAGAAUAUUGAAGUGGCUUACUGAUGAAGAGAUUCUAAGAACAUCAAGUGAAUAUCCAAGUAUACAAUAUCUCAUCGUUGAAAUGUCACCUGUUACUGAUAUUGACACUAGUGGCAUCCAUGCUUUUGAAGAUUUACUUAAGAGCCUCAAGAAAAAGGAUGUUCAGCUUCUCGUGGCGAAUCCGGGACCAAUUGUAAUUGAGAAGUUCCAUGCAUCAAAGUUAACAGGCUUAAUCGGAGAAGAUAAAAUAUUUCUAACAGUAGGUGAUGCUGUUUCAACUUUUGUUCCAAAGGCUACAAAUUAAUGAAUAACAGUAACUAUUUCCAAUUGAAGUGUGUUUAAAUCAAAUAUGCAGAAAACGUGUGUGUGUGUGUGAAGAUGUUAACAGAGCUCUUAGGAACAAUGAAAGGGCAUAUAGAUUUGUUUAUUGUAGUAGUUUUUGUUUGAUUUUCAUUUAUUUCUAGUUGAAAUUGAUGAUGUGAUGUAUGUAUAGAAAGAAAUAAAUGUGUUUUCUAUGUUGAUUACAGUAUCUUA